UGGUGCCUGGGCGGAGCCGCCCCCUCUGCUGGGGCCCCAGGGCGGGAGGGAGCAGAGGCCGGGGCAGAGGGCGAGGGCGGAGGGCGAAGGCGGCGGAGGCCGCAGAAGAUGAGCAGCAGCUGCUCAGGGUUGAGCAGGGUCCUGCUUGCCUUGGCUGUAGCCUUGGUGUCCACUGCCUCCCCCUGUCCCGAGGCCUGGGGCCCCACAGGGGUCCAGUAUGGGCAGGCUGGCAGGUCCAUGACACUGUGUUGCCCUGGAGUGACUGCUGGGGCCCCGGUGUCCUGGUUUCGGGACGGGGAGACGAGACUGCUCCAGGGACCUGACUCUGGGCUAGGGCAUGAACUGGUCUUGGCCCGGGCAGACAGCACCGACGAAGGCACCUACAUCUGCCGGACCCUGGAUGGUGCACUUGGGGGAAUUGUGACCCUACAGCUGGGCUACCCCCCAGCCCGCCCUGUUGUCUCCUGCCAAGCAGCUGACUAUGAGAACUUCUCUUGCACUUGGAGUCCCAGUCAGGUCAGCGGUUUACCCACCCGCUACCUCACCUCCUACAGGAAGAAGACCGUACCAGGAGCUGAUGGCAUGAGGAUGAAUCCAUCCACAGGGCCCUGGCCGUGCCCACAGGAUCCUCCAGGGGCUGCCCGCUGUGUAGUCCAUGGGGCAGAGUUCUGGAGCCAGUACCGAAUAAAUGUGACUGAGGUGAACCCACUGGGGGCCAGCACACGCCUGCUGGAUGUGAGCUUGCAGAGCAUCUUGCGCCCUGACCCACCCCAGGGGCUUCGGGUAGAGUCGGUUCCUGGCUAUCCCCGCCGUCUGCAUGCCAGCUGGACGUACCCUGACUCUUGGCCCCGCCAGCCCCACUUUCUGCUCAAGUUCCGACUGCAGUACCGUCCAGCGCAGCAUCCAGCCUGGUCCACGGUGGAGCCAGCUGGAUUGGAGGAAGUGAUCACGGAUGCCGUGGCUGGGCUGCCCCACGCUGUACGAGUCAGUGCCCGGGACUUUCUGGACGCUGGCACAUGGAGUGCUUGGAGUCCUGAGGCCUGGGGAACUCCGAGCACCGGGCCUUUGCUGAAGGAGAUGCCAGCUGAGGGACAGCUACAGAAGCCCCUGGAGAAAGAGCCUCAGGCAGACAGCCCCGCUCCCCCCAGGCCCUCCCUCCUGCCGGACCCACGGCCACUUGACCACAGAGACCCCCUGGAUCAGGUAGCAGUGUUGGCAUCUUUGGGAAUCUUCUCUUUCCUGGGACUGGCAGCUGGGGCCCUGGCACUGGGGCUCUGGCUGAGACUGAGACCAGAUGGGAAGGAUGGACCCCAAAAGCCUGGGUUCUUGGCUCCAGUGAUCCCAGUAGACAAGAUUCCAGGGGAGACCAAGAAAGCAGUAUGCUGAGAAGAGGAGUGGUGCUGUGCAGGUGGCCACAAAAGAUGGAGGGAGAUGGACAGAUGGAUAGACUCUUUGCAAGCAGCAAGUGUGUGGGUUGCAGGAGUCCUGCUUGCGUGCAGUGUUUGUGAGACUGUGAGGCUAGAUGGCAGAGAUUGAGUGGAAGAGUGACAGUAAGGGGGAGGGAUCCAUGAUGGUUCUGUGAUAUGUAUGUGAGGCUCUUGCUGUCUUGUUUAUGGCCUCCUGAAGCCUUCAUUUUUUUUAUAUAUAUAUAUACAAAAAUUUCUUCCUUUCUGUUGUAUAAUAAAGAAUUUGACUGGU